CGGCGGUCGGGGACCGCGGCAGGGGCUGCAGGCGGCGGAGCAGCUGGUUCGUCCAGUGUCAAAAAUCCUUCAUUUUACCUUCUGAAUUUCAUUCGUCAUUACGCUUUUGGAGACAUAUGAGGUAUCUAAAAUAUAACUGUGUUUUCUUCUGAAGGAUAUCAAGUUUUAAUAGCUAUACAGCUUAACUUGGCCUUCAGACAUUAUGAGGAGACUGGCUUUUCGAGGCGCUGGUUGUACUCUGAAGAAGUUGGAUUCAAUGGGCUCCAAGAGACGAAGGGCUACAUCUCCUUCCAGCAGCAUCAGUGGGGAUUUUGAUGAUGGUCACCACUCAGUACCAACACCAGGCCCAAGCAGGAAAAGGAGACGGCUUUCUAAUCUCCCAACUGUAGAUCCUAUUGCUGUGUGCCAUGAACUUUACAACACCAUAAGAGACUACAAAGAUGAGCAGGGCAGGCUCCUGUGUGAACUCUUUAUCAGGGCACCAAAAAGAAGAAAUCAACCAGAUUAUUAUGAAGUGGUUUCUCAGCCCAUCGACUUGAUGAAAAUUCAACAAAAACUAAAAAUGGAAGAGUAUGAUGACGUUAACCUGCUGACUGCUGAUUUUCAGCUGCUCUUUAACAACGCCAAGGCCUAUUAUAAGCCAGAUUCUCCGGAAUUUAAAGCUGCCUGUAAACUCUGGGAUUUGUACCUCCGCACAAGGAAUGAAUUUGUUCAGAAAGGAGAUGCAGAUGAGGAUGAGGAGGAGGAAGAUGGGCAUGACAAUCAAGGGACAAUGUCUGAAGUGUCUUCUCCAAGUUACCUGAAAGAGAUCCUUGAGCAGCUUCUUGAAGCCAUAGCCAUAGCUACAAACCCAUCAGGACGUCUCAUAAGUGAGCUUUUUCAGAAACUUCCUUCAAAAGUGCAAUAUCCAGACUAUUAUGCAAUAAUUAAGGAGCCCAUUGAUCUUAAGACUAUUGCUCAGAAGAUACAGAAUGGGAGUUAUAAAAGUAUCCAUGCAAUGGCAAAGGAUAUAGAUCUCCUAGCUAAAAAUGCCAAAACCUACAAUGAACCUGGGUCUCAAGUAUUCAAGGAUGCAAAUUCAAUUAAAAAAAUAUUUCAUUUGAAAAAGGCAGAAAUUGAACAUGUUGAAAUGGCCAAAUCAAGCCUUCGAAUAAGGACUCCAUCCAAUUUGGCUGCAGCCAAGCUGACAGGUUCUUCACAGGGUAAGGGCAGCCUUAGUGAAGAGAGAAAUCCUACCAGCAAAUAUUAUCGUAAUAAAAGAGCAGUCCAAGGGGGUCGAUUAUCAGCAAUAACUAUGGCACUCCAGUACGGGUCAGAAAGCGAUGAGGAUGCUGCUUUAGCUGCAGCUCGUUAUGAAGAGGGGGAGUCAGAAGCAGAGAGUAUUACUUCCUUUAUGGAUGUUUCCAAUCCCCUUUACCAGCUGUAUGAUACUGUUAGGAGCUGCCGGAAUAACCAGGGACAGCUAAUAGCAGAACCAUUUUUCCAUUUGCCUUCGAAGAAAAAAUACCCUGAUUAUUAUCAGCAAAUCAAAAUGCCCAUUUCCCUGCAGCAGAUAAGAACCAAGCUAAAGAACCAAGAAUAUGAAACUUUAGAUCAUUUGGAGUGUGAUCUAAAUUUGAUGUUUGAAAAUGCCAAACGUUACAACGUUCCCAAUUCAGCCAUCUACAAACGAGUUCUAAAAAUGCAACAAGUUAUGCAGGCAAAGAAGAAGGAGCUUGCUAGAAGAGACGACAUUGAAGACGGGGACAGUAUGAUCUCUUCAGCCACUUCUGACACUGGGAGUGCCAAAAGAAAAAGGAACACUCAUGACAAUGAGAUGUUGGGCCUCAGGAGGCUAUCCAGGUUAUCUGCCUCAGCUGCUUACUUGGAGGCUACUGGUUCCAAUCCUGCUGGGAGUUCACCACCAAAGGCUUAUGACAUAAGAGCCCUGGACCGGAAAGCAGGAGACCUGGGUUCUAGUGCUGACUCUGCCGCUAACUCACUGUGUGACCUUCGUAAAAAGAACAUAAGAAAGCAGCGAAUGAAAAUUUUAUUCAACGUUGUUCUUGAAGCUCGAGAGCCAGGUACAGGCAGAAGACUCUGUGAUCUAUUUAUGGUUAAGCCAUCCAAAAAGGACUACCCUGAUUAUUACAAAAUCAUCUUGGAGCCAAUGGACUUAAAAAUUAUUGAGCAUAACAUCCGUAAUGACAAGUAUGCAGGAGAAGAGGCAAUGAUGGAAGAUAUGAAGCUGAUGUUUCGAAAUGCCAGACACUACAAUGAAGAAGGCUCACAGGUGUAUAAUGAUGCCCAUAUUCUGGAGAAGAUGCUCAGAGAUAAGAGAAAAGAGCUGGGCCCACUCCCUGAGGAUGAUGACAUGGCCUCUCCCAAACUCAAGCUAAGUAGAAAGAGUGGCAUUUCUCCUAAAAAGUCAAAAUACAUGACUCCAAUGCAACAGAAACUAAAUGAAGUAUAUGAAGCGGUAAAGAACUACACAGAUAAACGAGGCCGCCGGCUCAGCGCCAUCUUCCUGAGGCUGCCCUCCAGGUCAGAGCUGCCAGACUACUAUCUGACCAUCAAAAAGCCUGUGGACAUGGAAAAGAUCAGAAGCCACAUGAUGGCUAACAAGUACCAAGACAUCGACUCCAUGGUUGAAGACUUUGUCAUGAUGUUUAAUAAUGCUUGCACAUACAAUGAGCCUGAAUCCCUGAUUUACAAAGACGCCUUAGUCCUGCAUAAGGUCUUGCUUGAAACUCGAAGGGACAUAGAAGGAGAUGAGGACUCUCAUGUUCCUAACGUGACACUGCUUAUCCAGGAGCUUAUCCACAAUCUUUUUGUGUCUGUAAUGAGCCAUCAGGACGAUGAGGGAAGGUGCUACAGUGACUCCUUAGCUGAAAUCCCUUCUGUGGAUCCUAGUUUCCCAAACAAACCCCCUCUGACUUUUGACAUAAUUAGGAAGAAUGUUGAAAAUAAUCGCUAUCGCAGGCUGGACUUAUUUCAAGAACAGAUGUUUGACGUGCUGGAAAGGGCAAGAAGAAUGAAUCGGACGGAUUCAGAAAUAUACGAAGAUGCAGUAGAACUUCAGCAAUUCUUUAUUAAAAUCCGUGACGAGCUCUGCAAGAAUGGAGAGAUCCUUCUCUCACCAGCACUCAGUUAUACAACAAAGCAUCUCCAUAAUGAUGUGGAGAAAGAGAAAAAGGAAAAGUUACCAAAAGAAAUAGAGGAAGAUAAACUAAAACGAGAAGAAGAAAAGAGAGAAGCUGAAAAAAGUGAGGACUCCUCUGGAGGAGCAGGCCUCUCUAUCUUACAUCGAACAUACAGCCAGGACUGCAGCUUCAAGAACAGCAUGUACCAUGUUGGGGAUUAUGUCUAUGUGGAGCCAGCAGAAGCCAACCUUCAACCACACAUAGUCUGUAUUGAAAGACUGUGGGAAGAUUCUGCUGGUGAAAAAUGGUUGUGUGGCUGUUGGUUUUAUCGGCCAAAUGAAACAUUCCACCUUGCUACACGAAAAUUUUUGGAAAAAGAAGUUUUUAAAAGUGACUAUUACAACAAAGUACCUGUUAGCAAAAUCCUAGGCAAAUGUGUAGUCAUGUUUGUUAAGGAAUACUUUAAACUGUGUCCAGAAACCUUUCGAGAUGAAGAUGUUUAUGUCUGUGAGUCACGAUAUUCUGCCAAAACAAAAUCUUUUAAGAAAAUUAAGCUGUGGACCAUGCCUGUCAGUUCUGUUAGAUUUAUCCCACGUGAUGUACCUCUGCCUGUGGUGCGUGUUGCUUCUGUGUUUGCAAAUACAGACAAAAUGGAUGAUGAGAAACACACUGAAACUUCAGAGGAUAGUAAAGGAGCAGACACUUUCCUUAAUCUGGAAAAGGAGAAAGAAGAUGUUCCAGUAGAAAUGUCUAAUGGGGAGCCAGGCUGCCACUAUUUUGAACAGCUUCGAUAUAAUGAUAUGUGGCUGAAGGUCGGAGACUGUGUUUUCAUAAAAUCUCAUGGCUUAGUGCGGCCUCGAGUGGGCAGAAUUGAAAAGCUAUGGGUCCGGGACGGUGCUGCCUAUUUCUUUGGCCCCAUCUUCAUUCACCCUGAAGAAACAGAACAUGAACCAACAAAAAUGUUCUACAAAAAAGAAGUGUUUCUGAGCAAUUUGGAAGAAACCUGUCCUAUGACAUGUAUCUUGGGAAAGUGUGCUGUGUUGUCAUUCAAGGAUUUCCUGUCCUGCAGGCCGACUGAAAUACCAGAAAAUGACGUUCUGCUUUGUGAGAGCCGCUAUAAUGAGAGUGACAAACAAAUGAAGAAAUUCAAAGGUCUGAAGAGGUUUUCACUCUCUGCUAAAGUGGUAGAUGAUGAAAUCUACUAUUUCAGAAAACCCAUAGUUCCACAGAAGGAACCCUCACCAUUAUUGGAAAAGAAGAUUCAGUUGCUAGAAGCAAAAUUUGCCGAGUUGGAAGGUGGAGAUGAUGAUAUUGAAGAAAUGGGAGAAGAGGAGGGUGAAGUCAUUGAAGCCCCCUCUUUGCCCCAGCUUCAGACUCCACUGGCCAGUGAUCUGGACAUUAUGCCCUACACUCCCCCACAGUCUACUCCUAAGUCUGCCAAGGGCAGCUCUAAGAAGGAAGGCUCCAAAAGGAAGAUCAACAUGAGCGGCUACAUCCUCUUCAGCAGUGAGAUGAGAGCUGUGAUUAAAGCUCAGCACCCAGACUACUCCUUUGGAGAGCUCAGCAGGCUUGUAGGGACAGAGUGGAGAAACCUAGAGACAGCCAAGAAAGCAGAGUAUGAAGAGCGGGCAGCUAAAGUUGCCGAGCAGCAGGAGAGAGAGCGCGCAGCGCAGCAACCGCAGCCGAGUGCUUCUCCCCGGGCAGGCCCCCCUGCGGGGGCGCUCAUGGGGGUGGUGCCGCCACCAACACCAAUGGCGAUGCUCAAUCAGCAGUUGACACCUGUUGCAGGCAUGAUAGGUGGCUAUCCGCCAGUCCUGCCACCUUUGCAGGGGCCAGUUGAUGGCAUUGUUAGCAUGGGCAGCAUGCAACCACUUCACCCUGGGGUGCCCCCACCCCACCACCUUCCGCCAGGUAUGCCAGGCAUCCCAGGCAUCCCACCACCGGGUGUGAUGGGCCAAGGAGUGUCCCCCAUUGUAGGACCUCCAGCACCGGGAGGGAGUCCUUACGGACAACAGAUGGGAAUUCUUGGGCCCCCAGGCCAACAAGCACCACCUCCGUAUCCCGGCCAGAAUCCAGCAGGCCAGCCUGUCAUGCAGCAGCCAACAACACCAAUGUUUGUCUCUCCCCCACCAAAGACACAACGGCUUCUGCACUCAGAGGCCUACCUGAAAUACAUUGAGGGGCUCAGUGCUGAAUCAAACAGUAUUAGCAAGUGGGACCAGACCCUUGCAGCCCGAAGGCGAGAUGUUCAUCUAUCAAAAGAACAAGAAAGCCGUCUUCCUUCACACUGGCUGAAAAGUAAAGGGGCCCACACUACAAUGGCAGAUGCCCUCUGGCGCCUUCGUGAUUUGAUGCUUCGAGAUACCCUUAAUAUUCGCCAAGCAUACAACAUAGAAAAUGUUUAAUCGCAUAAAUUACUUUCUUUGAUACAAACAUAAAAGAGUUUUGUGGAACAAUAGCUGUUUUAGUUACUGGGGGGAAUAACAAAACAAUAAUUUUUAUUGCAUUUUAUUGUACAUUGCAAGACCAUUUUUAUAUAAGGACACUUUUAAUAAGCAUAUUUCAAUUUGUUUUUGUUAUAUUAAGUUGACUUUAUCAAAUACACAAAGAUUUUUUUGCAUAUGUUUCCUUUGUUUGAAAGCCAGUUUCAUAUUUGGUUGUAUGUGUAGACAUGGAGUUAUCUUUUUACUUGUUGCCAUGAAUCUGAUACCAUUGGGGAUUUUUUUAUAAAAGAAAAACAGACCAAAAAAAAGAAACCAUGAAAAAACAACUGUUUACAAAUUAGUUUAAAAUGACAAUGAAAUGUGAAGUUAGUCCUAGUUUACAUUGUAGAAAAGAUUGUCUGUUCUCGUGCCUGCGUGUUUUAAGGCACUUCCAGCAGAAACCAUGGCUUACAGGUGAAUUAAAAUGCUUUUUCAAGAAGAAAUAUUAAGAGAUUCAGCAGAUUUGUAGAGACUUCAGUCUGAUCAGUAGCUCCUUAAUGGGGAGCUGGGCAUUCUUCUGAAGCUUGUGCCUCUGCUCUAGACCAGUCCAGGACAGCAAGCACGUUUUCUUGUGCUUCAUUAAAUGUCUGGGUAGUAACUGAUCUUUAUAAAGAUGUGCAUAAUCUUGUUGAGUCUUAACAGACGAAUGCAUAGAACAUUUUCAACUGUUUAAAAAGAAUUCACAGUUUGUCUCCACAUGUUCUGUUAGAUCUUGUGAAGUUUUCAGAUUCAUAUGUUAAAAAGCAUUUAUGUUCACACUGGAGUAUUAUGGUAGAUGGAGGUGAUUUUUAAAACAUAUAACCCGUGCUUUAAAAAUAAAAUACAGCAGUGUGUAAAAGUUGAUACCUACACUGAAAAUGAAAUUAUGAGAAUCAGUUACUCACAGUCCUUUUUUUUUUUUCUCCCCAUUUUUUAUUCCUAUGCGUGGCAUUUUUUUCUCCAAGUUUCAAGGUUGUAAGUUUCUGCCAUUUAGGACUUGCUACAUGUUUUCAGCCAAAAAAACUUAGGAGCUGCAACUUUUCUGUUUCAGAAAUAUUUUUAAUAUUAGCUUAAAUUUUUUAAUUUCAGGGGGUAAUAAGUGCAUUUAGAGCUGGGGCAAAAAUCACUAAGAAAAUGCUUUCUGAAAAGGCCACACAGGUCCCAUACACAUUAGUUUAGAAAUAUUUCAUUCCCUGUCUAACCUUGUAGUGAACAUUCUUCAGGUGGCAGCUUACCUUUAGAGCAUCUAUCCAAGAAAAUGCCCAGGCAGCUAGACAAAGCUUUCACAUGCUGCUGUAGACUACAUCACAUCACUUUUGGGGGGAGGAGGGGGGUAUUUGUGUUUUUGAGAGUGGUUUUAUCAUAUAACCCCAGAAGAACUCCAUUUUUUUUUCUAGUAGGCAUUAAUUACCCCAAUGUCUAAAUGCCAUUCUUAUUAAAUCAUGACUAUAGAGCAGAGAAACUCUUUUGUCUCUAUAUAUACUUAAGUACAGUAGGCCGUCAUAACUGCCGUAGUCAACCACUGGAUCUAAAUCUUCAUCAAGUAUUUCUAAGUAAUUUCAAACACCUUUUUUUAAAAUUUAUGUUACUGUCUUGUUAGGAUACAUCUCAGUGACUAGAGUUUUUGCUGUUUUCACCACAAAGAUUAAGACAUUGAACUGAAUCAGAUAAUGAACAUGUCCUAGUUCUUUGUUUAUCUGAGCCAUCCAACCACCAUCAUGGACUGUAUAUUAAAAUCAGAUACUUUUAUUCCUAGACAUUAACAAAAUUACACCAAAGAGCCUGGAAUUAAUUUUAGUUAAGUUAUUUAUUUAUUUUUUAAGUUUGUUUUACUUUAUUUGGGGCCUGGAUAAGACUCCUUUUGGGAACCUAUUAAAAACACUUAUUUCAGCAAAUGAAAUGGUUGCUGUUAUUGAAGGCACUAGAAGCUGGGAGUACUCCUUUUUCAACCCCUUUACCAGCUUCAUUGUCGCUGUAAGAACUAACCAAAUCAACCCUGGGUCUCCUUUAAGGUCAUGCAGAGCAGUGCCAUUGAGGUUAUAUGUGGGCCCAAUCAAGUUUGUUUGUUUUGUUUUGUUUUAACUGUGUAUUUAUUUUAGAAUCAUGUCUUUCUGUGUAUUUCUGUGGAGAAUGUCAGUAAAAAUUUAGGAGAUAGGAUUUGAGGUCUGCAGUCUAGAAUUUCAUACCUAACCAAAAAAAAAAAUUUUUUUUCUAAUUCAAGUGAUUAAAAAAAUAAUAAAAUAACCACACAUUUUUCCUGUGGUUUUUAGAACCUCUGGUUUGUAUGGCUGUGGAAAAUAUGUUGGCCUAAACAGCAUUGUAAUACUUUUAAAGUGCAAGUAUGUAUGGGAGAAAAUUGGGUUUAUAUGCAAAGUAAGAAUAUAGAUUAAAAUAGUGUAUGUAUUUUCAGUCAACUGGUUGAAAGCCAUUAAUUGCAUUUCUCACACACAACACACACACAAACCCUUUCCCCUUCAAGAGAAAAACAAAAAAUUACCAGUGCAAAGUCUCAGAACUGGUGUUGUUGACUUUUCAGCUUAAACGUUUUCAGACCUGGUUAAGUCGUGGUUGAUUAUUCCUUACCUCUGUAUCAAAAGGGUUUAAAGUGGUAACCAGUCUUAUAAUAUGUAUCUACCAUCAUUUUGUUCAUCUGAAGCUUUUUAAUCCAAAUAAAAAUGGAGUUUGCAAA